AUGGGCUGCUGCCUCCUCCCCUGCCUGGGCUCCUGGACGGGGCAGCUCUCCCCUGCACCGCGGGUCGCUCCCGGUGUGUGGAGAAGAGCAGAGAGCAGACCCGAGGCAACCCGGACGGAGGACACAUUUCCAGGGCCUCCCCGUGCACCUCCGAGCCCUCGGGGACGGCGCAGCCCUAGUACCUCCCCGUGGACCCCGGUGACCCCCGUGGACGCGCAGCCCGGGGCCUCCCCGUGGACCCCGGAGCCCCUUGCGGACGGUGCAGCCCUGGUGCCUCUCCGUGGACCCCCCAAGCCCCUCGCAAACAAACACCCGUGUCUCCCCGGAGCGUCCGCCGGUGCGCCCCGCGUCGGGAGUCACAUUCCCACGCCCCGCCGGGCGGAAGCUCUCCACCCGGCCCUCGCGCCGCCCCAACCCGGCCCCAGCCUACCCGGCCCUCAGCUAGCUCGGCUGCUGGCCCGGCUACAGGCCCGCAGCGCUGGCGUCUGCUCGGCACGGGCCCCGCACACGCACCAUCCGGGCCUCCGCCGCCUCACACACGUGUCACGGCGACGCUUAAAGGAGCCGCGCCACUUUACGCGCCCGAUACGUCACCUCCCCAUCCCGCGGCCCCGCUAG